AACAAGUCACUUCUCUUUCGUCUUGUUAAGAUGGCACCUAAACCGAAGCCGACGGAUAAACCAGCAGGUGAGAAAAAGCCUGCAGGCGAGAAGAAGCCUGCAGGGGAGAAAAAGCCGGCAGAAAAGAAGCCAGCAUCCGCUCCGGCUGCUGGAGCAUCUACAUCUGGAGCAGCGAAACCAGCUGCUGCUAAACCCAAGCCUGCAGCUGCUGGAACAGCCGGCAAACCUGGCUCUUCCAAGACUCCUGCUCCUGCUCCCAAGGCGGCCCAGGCGUCUGCCAAGGCUGCAGCCAAGUCCGCCAAGCCAGCCGCCUCAGGCGCUGCCAAGCCUGCAGCUGCUGCCAAGGGUGCCAAGCCUGCCGCAGCCAAGGCCGCUAAGCCUGCCGGUGCCGCUGCAGGGAAGCCUGCUGCCAAGAAAGCGCCAGCUGCCAAGGCUGGAGCUAAGCCUGCAGCCAAGCCAGCCGGUGCCAAGGCCGCUAAAGGCAGUGCCAAGCCUCUCCCUAAGAAGGCUGCGGGUGCCAAACCUGCUGCCAAGAAGGUUGAGAAGCCCAAGCGAGAUGUUGCGCCAAAGAGCCAGAAGGGAGGCAAGGUCGUAAAGAAGCCUGUCGUUCCUGUCAAGAGGGCUCUGAAAGUUAAGACCAAGGUCAUCAAGGGUACGUUUGGCAAGCGGGUAAGGAAGAUCAGGACAUCAGUUCACUUCAAGAGGCCUAAAACCUUCAAGCCUCCCAGGAACCCCAAGUACCCCAGGAAAUCCGUACCAAGGAGAAACAGGAUGGAUGCCUACAACAUCAUCAAGUUCCCCCUGACCACUGAAGCCGCCAUGAAGAAGAUUGAAGACAACAACACUCUGGUGUUCAUCGUACAUCUGGGGGCCAACAAACACCACAUCAGGACAGCUGUUAAGAAGCUGUACGACAUUGACGUUGCCAAAGUCAACACUCUUAUCAGGCCUGAUGGUAAGAAGAAGGCGUAUGUGAGGCUAGCACGAGACUACGACGCGCUAGACGUUGCCAACAAGAUCGGUAUCAUAUAAGCUGGGUUUUUUACUUAUGUGACUGUUAAUAAAAAAAAAUGUAAAAUCCA